UUGUUUUGACAAUAGUGAUUGUGACCAUUUUCGCUAAGAUUGGUGAUGCGAAGCAAGCAAAGGUGAUGAGUGGGUUAAAAAUGAAUGUGAUUGACCAGUGCUGGAGAUUGAAGCCAGAAUGGAGGAGACACAGAACACAACUUGCCACCUGCUCUGUGGGCUACGCAGGCAAGAUGACAAAUAACAUUGGGAAGGAUGUUGUCCACUAUAAAGUCACGGAUCCAAGUGACGACCCCGUUAACCCGAAACCCGGAACUUUGAGAUACGGAGCCUCUGUGAUCCAAGGCAAAGUCUGGAUCACCUUCCAAACAGACAUGCGCAUCAACCUUGCCAGACCCCUUCUCAUCAGCAGCUUCACUGCCAUUGAUGGCCGAGGCGUUGAAGUCCACAUUGCUCAUAACGCUUGCUUGAUGAUCCACAAGGCAACUAACAUAAUCAUCCAUGGACUUCGGAUCCAUCACUGCAAGCCUCAAGGUCCAGGGAUGGUAAUGGGUGGUGAAGGGAAGGUGAUAUCUCUGGGUCAGGUAGAUGGAGAUGCAAUCAGAUUGGUUUCGGCUUCGAAGAUUUGGAUCGAUCACAACACUCUCUAUAGAUGCUCAGAUGGCCUUCUGGACGUCACAAGAGGCUCUACUGACGUGACUGUGUCGAAUAACUGGUUCAGAGAUCAAGACAAGGUUAUGCUUCUUGGGCACGAUGAUGGCUACGUCAGAGACCAGAACAUGAAGGUCACUGUAGUCUACAACCAUUUUGGACCUAAUUGCAACCAACGCAUGCCCAGGAUACGACAUGGGUAUGCUCAUGUAGCCAACAAUCUGUACCAAGGUUGGAUGCAAUACGCCAUUGGUGGCAGCAUGGAGCCCAGCCUCAAAAGUGAAGCUAACCUCUUCAUAGCACCAACCUCGGGGAAUAAAGAGGUGACGUGGAGAAAAAGUAGUAAUGGAAAUGAGAAAGCAUCAGAAUUUUAUUCAGUGAGGGACGUCUUUGAGAACGGAGCUUCCUUCGCUGUAACACAAGGUGGACACGUGCCAAAGCCUAAUUAUAACGCUGAACAAAGGUUCAAAGUCGCAGAUGCUACAUGUGUUAGGCCACUGACUAUCUCAGCAGGCGCAUUACGAUGCAGUAAAACCUCGAGGUGCUGACUUCAAACAAUGCAGGGAUUUUGAAUCUGAAGCAUCAUUGUGAUGUGCAUAUAUAGUUAUGGGCAUUGUACCUCAAGAAAAAUGUUAGCAUCAUUGUAAUGUUGCUGCCGAUUGAUUAUUAUAUAUAUUUGUUUGUUCCAUUUGGGACCC